UGCGUGGAACGGCGGGGGUUUAUUUCUCCGCAAAAUAAUGGCUGCUUGCGUGCGCGGCUGUCCGCGCGCGUAAAACUUCCCCGAUUUGGGUCGCGGGAGGCACCGGGACCGGAGGCGCUUAGGAUGCCGCAGAAACCUGGGGAGGAGGAGGAGGAGGAACGAGAACGGGAGGACGCUGCUCGGCGUCUGUGCUCGGUAAACACGCGGGAGCCUUGCCAAGUUAUUUUCUGCAACCGCACCCCCCGCUUGGUGAGCCCAGUCUGGCUGGACUUCGACGGGAAGCCGCGCCCCUAUCCCACCCUGAACCCGGGCACCGGCCGCCGGAUGUACAGCUACCUGGAACAUCUUUGGUUAUUCAGAGAUGCCAAAUCAGAUGAUAGUCUCCUUGUCAACCAGACAGAGCUGUUUGUAGCUACUCGCAAUAUAAAUGGACAACCCAUACUUGCAAAUAUUACAUUGCCAGUGUUCACUCUGAAAGAAAGAUGUCUGCAAGUUAUCCGCACAUUAGUGAACCCAGGAAACUACAGGGAAUUAGACAUUGUUCGUUCAUUAUAUGAAGAUCUAGAAGAUUAUCCAGACAUUAGGAAGGAUCUUCAGCGGCUUUCUAUGGAAAGGCAUAACCGGCUGAGGAAUGGAAUCUCUGAUCGACAUGAGGAGUCUUAAAUGAGAAAGCUACUUGGGCUAAUAAACUGCUAUGUACAAGAGGUAUUAACUAUAUUUUAUGAAUGGAAAAGAUGACAUUGACUUUCCAUUGUAUGUUACUUAACUUGUUUGGUUUAGCCUGUGUAGGUUAUAUGUUGACAGCUAUAGGCAAAGACAAGUAAAAAUGCCACCAGGCCAUUGCUAAAAACACUUCAGGAAAACACAAAACAUUAGGGAAGAUAUGGAACUUUAUUUAGAUAUCAUACAGGAGAAGAUGAAGUGUUUCCAAAGCUGUUUUCUGGUGGCUCUUCACAUAUUUCAACUACUGUUUUAUUUUUAUUUUAUUGUAAAAACUGAACUGUGAACAAAAUAAUCCUCAUAUUUAAGAGUAAAUUACUAUUAAAUGUUUCACCCCUCUAUAUCUUACAAAUUGAUUUUGAGGGACAAGAACAUUAGGUUGUCUUUUAUUAUUCUUACGUUUCCUGUAGAUUAUUGUUAUUGCUGCAGAUACCUGACAUAAGUAGAAAAAGAUGGAAAAUUCUGUGAAUGAACGUAAUGAAGUAAUGAAUGUUACUUCUGUUAAAGCAGGGAGUAAGCAUUUUCUUAGCUAGUAUUCUUCCCAUUGCCACUAGCCCUAAAAUCUGACAGCUAUAUGGCAGACAUAGUUUUAUGCUAAAUCACAAUUUAACCCUGGUUCAAGUGUCACUAUAGUAGUAAAAAGUGAAUGAAAUAAAUAUGAAAAUAAUAACCUCUUUGGUGCUCCAGCCAGAAGAUCAUGACCAGGUAUUUCCUAAACAAUAGGAAUAAAAGUUCUUGAAUUUCCUAUGCUUCCUCAGUUCAUUGCACUACAGGUUGCCCUUGAUUUAUAACUUCAUUUAAUAAUAGUCCAGAAUUACGAUGGCCUUGGAAAGGUUCUUUGCAGUCCUUAAAGCACUUCUGGCCUUUGCAUAACACUGCAUCACCACCCUGCAGUCAUGUGAUCGUGAUCUGGAUGCUUGGCAACCUGUUCACAUUUAUGACCAGGUUAUUGUCAAAUGCCUUGCGAUCACAUGAUUGGCAUUUGCAAUCUUCUCUGCCGGCUUUUCUAGAAAAUCAGUGGGAAAGCUAGGGGGAAGGUUUGCAAGCUGCUGCCAUUCUUAUCUCUGGGAGCUGGCUGAAAGAGCUGCCUCCCAAGGGAAGCUGAACCCUUUCGGAAAGAUGCAGAAAUGGAGCUAAAAUCCUGAAGAUUUCAGCUCAGUUCCUGCACCCUGUCAAAAGAGUUUCCUUUUGUGUACAGAGGGGAGCUGAACUCCUUUCAGCCAGCCUCCAGAGACAAGAGGGAGCCGAAAUCCAAGAGAAUAGAGAAUCAAAGUAGUAAGGAAAGAAGUGAGGACAUAAUGGGGGAAACCCAGUGCAGGCUAUGCAUGAGUGUCUCUAACUCAGGCUGCAAAUCUUGCUUGGAUUUUGUCAAGGAGGAUUUUCAGCUCCUGACUAGAGCCUCUUUGGAUUUCUUCCUCCGUCCUGAGGCACCCUGCGCUCCUUACCUGGGACUCCACUUAACUCACACAAUUAUUUAAUGACUACAGUCAGAUGUGUCAGGAUUAUAAUCAUUGAGCAAAACAUCUUGUUUAAUAACCGCUGCUCAAUUCUAAUCCAAAUUGUGGUCGUAAGUAAAGACUACUGUAUACCAUAUAUCAUGCAUCCCUAAAACUCUAAAUUUAAAUAACUCUACAACAUGCUGAGGAAGUGUUCAGCUGCUUUAUAAAAUAUUUUUGUUUUGAGGUUUAGCAGGUGAUACAUGGAAUCAUUGUUGUCCAAUUUUCCAGUCUCUUUUCUAUAUAGCUACUGAAAACUAAUUUUCACAAUUAUUUUUAUGUUAUUUGUGUCAGAAAAGAGUGCUUUCACUAUUUAAUCUUAAACUUUCAAGAUGGAAUAAUUGAGGUGAGAGCCAAUGUUUAGAUACCAUUUUUCAAGUAAGGAAUGUUUGUUAAAUAAUUGCAUUCCAAAGUAGUUUCUAGUGUACUUCAUUUGUGUAAAUGACAUGAACGUUGGGAUCUGGAAUUUUGUGUAAAUAAGAUAUUCCUGUUUUAAA